AUGGUUUCACCCACAGGUGGUCUGCAAACUUUGAGAAAAGCUCAUUUUCUUAAACCCUCUGUUUCCUCCAUUGAUGGACCACCCAUGAAGCUUCCAUUUCUAACCCCUAAACCAAAAUGGCCUCUUGAGGUGAAUUUCAAUGGAUGGAGGGAUCCAAUCAAUAAAUGGGAUAAAUGGGUCGAUAAGAUGGAGUCGAGGUACGACUCUGUAUGGAAAAAAGUUGGGAUUUAUGAAGCUAUCAUGGCGUCUAUGUAUAAAAUAUAUGUAGACAGGGAUUUGAUUUUUGGGCUUGCAGAAAGAUGGUGUUCUGAGACUAAUACAUUUAUUUUUCCAUGGGGUGAGGCCACUGUUACAUUGGAAGAUAUGCUGAUUUUGGGUGGUUUUUCAGUUUUGGGCAGUCCUGUUUCAUCGCCUCUUGAUUCCCCGGAACUCGUUAAUAUUAGAAAUUUUCUUGUAAGACUUGAUACAAAUAUCCAUUCUAAGUGGUUGAAGAUGUUCAUGGGCACUGGAAGUGAAUACGAGCAUGAAGCUUUUCUUUCUCUAUGGUUAUCGAGGUUUGUUUUUCCUGGUAAUCGACAGGAUAAGAUUGGUGAACAAAUUUUUCGAACCGCAAUUUUCCUUGCCAGGGGAACCCGGGUGGCUCUAGCACCCGCUGUUCUAGCUAGCAUAUAUAAGGACAUGGGUUUGUUAAGAGGAUCAAUGGUUGCCUCAACUCAAAGGGAGGAGUCUGACAGUUUUUUGGUACUUACCCUUUGGUCACCAUUGUGUUAUGUUCAAGUUUGGGCUUGGGAGAGGCUGCCGCCACUGCACCCAAGGCCUAAUUCUAUGAGCUCUGGCGAGCUUCGGCUGGCUCGUUGGGAAGGCCUGAAAUAUGAUAUUGGGAAUGUGAGGCCAGCUAUUAAUUAUGCUGGAGAGACUUUUCUUUGGAGACCAUAUGCAUUGGCUCUGGAUAAUUGGUCAAUUCCUAAGUUCUAUAAGGAAAACGAAGCAUGGGUUGUUUGUAAAGAUAUGGAUUGUGUAUUUGAGUCAUUGGCUAGAUGUUUGAAGGUGUGUAAACUAGUUGGCAUGGAUUGCGAGGAACCUUAUAAUCCACAUCGAGUUGCUAUGCAAUUUGGGUACGAUCAAGAUCUUCCGGGAUGGGUUUCCCAAGACAAUAGGAGUAUUGAUAUGGCCUGGUAUAAUUUUUUCAAGCCUUUAAGUGAUGAUGAGAUGCUAUAUCUUCCAUCUAGACUUUCUGAGUCGGAUGUGACUACGAGGUAUUUGGAAUGGUGGAGGAAAACAGUGUUAUGUCCAGUGAAUGCCUUUAAAGGUGUGGUGAAAAGACAAAGAAGUUCACGAGUACCUCAUAAUCGUCCACACAAGUCGAAGCAACUGAAAACAGGUAAUGCUCCUUUAGAAACGCUGCAAAAUCGUAGUAAAUUCCACUGCAAUGAAGGAUUGCCUCUGCAAGUGAAGCCUUUGCAGGCUGCUUUAUUUCAAAGUGUUUCGCCUAUGAUUGGAGGGGUUGGAUUGUCUAUAAAGAUUGCGCCAGUAGUAAAACUAGAAGAUACAGAACAACACAAUUCAAGAAAUUAUCCUGAUGUCCCUCCUGGUUUCCUGCCCAAAUCCAUUGACGUAAAAGGAAAAAGUGUCAGAUCUUGUACAAGAAUGCAAAAAUUGAUAAAGCAAGAAGAAGAUACUAUACAGGGUGAAGUUGCAGGAAUAAUAAGAUCGAACACGGCUGCGGAUGAGUUUCGACAAUCUAAACUGAAAACAGACCUUUAUCUUGAUGUCCCUCCUGGUUUUCCACCCAAACAUAAACAACUGAAAACAAUCCAUUAUCCUGAUGCGCCUCCUGGUUUUCCACCCAAAUUUACGGGCAUAGAGAAAAAAUGCAAUGAGGAGAGAUCAUCAUGCAAUGUGCCUUACAAAAUGCAACAUGGGAUAAAACUGGGAGGAUGUAGUGAGCAGGCUAAACUCGCAAAAGGAAAAUCCGUCGUGGUUGAAGAACAGUCUCAUGGAAAUAAAAAUGGGGAAAACACAUCGACUCAGAAUGCAAAUAGCAUGACUAGAUCUGAGUCUAGAAGAAUUUUGGUACUUGAAGCUCGCUCAAGCGUACUCGAGAGUGAACUCGUAAGGCUGAAGAAAUAG